AUGCGUCCCGCUGUGACUCAAGCAGCUGUACAGCUGCAGUUGGCCAAUGAAAAGGCUGCAGAGUUGGAGAAUGGUGAGCGCAGUGAGAUAGUCUAUGACCUCCCCUCUCCAAGCAUGAUGAUCAUGGUCAAAUGGAGCUCCAGGAGCAACAAUAUCGCCUUCGAUGAGAUGUCACUGGCCUUGGAACCCAUAGCACAGAUCUGCAAUGUGCCAAGGUUGUCGAGCAGCAAAAUGCACUUCAGUGCAAGAUAG